GGCCUCUACAUCAAGAGCAUCCAGCUCGGCGGCGAGUGGCUGGCCUUCCAGCGGGUGGACGUGGUGCCGCUCCUGCGCGACGCCAGCGGCGAGAACUCGGCGGGCAGCAGGACGGUGCGCCCCUUCUCCGUGCGGGUGCAGGGCGGCGCCCAGCAGGACGCCGCAGACGAGUACGAGCCUUGGAAGGCCCUCGACAAGAAGGGCCGGCUGGUCACCGGGCGAGUGCGCCUGAUGCCGGUGUGGAGGCAGAUCUACGCCGACGCCGGCAGGACCCAGGAGGCCGAGGCCUUCCAGUUCCUCGUCAGGGGCGAUGGCGAGGAGAAGGCCACGUCGUUCGAGGUGGCGCAGGGCGCACACCAGGCGCUGGACGUCCGGGCGGGCGGACUGCGGAAGCUCGGCUUUCAGGGGCUCGGCGGGUUGCUCGGCACGGAGGAGCACGACAGGUACGUGGAGCAGUUCACCGACGAGUGCAAGGCCUUCCGCACGAGGUCCCGGCUGAGACCUGGCGGGCUGGCCGGCUCGUCCAUGGCCGCCUCCUGGGAUUGACCUUGCCGGCGGCGGGUCGCGCGCUGCCCAGCCCGCGCUGCGCCGUGACGUCCGACGGCGGCACCGCCAGCAUCCCUGUUGGCGGCGCGCGGGGUGCCGGGACUGGGGGCGGGAUUUCGGCGGCCCCCGCGGCUGGCGCCCGAGCGCCGCCCGCCUCGCACCGCGCGCGGCCCCUGGCCUCGGGCACCCGAUCUUUGGCGCGCGGCGCAGCCACGUGGGCGGCGCUCGUCCGUUGACAGGCUGCACGGGGAGGCGGGGGGAGGGCUGGCCGCUUCGCCGUUUUAGCAGUGGCACGUUUCACCGCGUGCUAAUUAGCCCCUUUCUGCGCUGCAGGAGGCCCGUCGCUGCAUUAUAGUGCGCCCUGGUGGUGGCCACCCGGACGCAUAGGCUAAGGACUGUGCCAUCGAAUAUGUUCGAUGAGCGAUCGUGAGGCGAAUGGCGGUGCGACGAAUUCCUUUGUGCAAUUCGGUAGGGCCCGCGGUGAAAAAGAAUGCCGAGGAUCGCGGACCUCGA